CGCGUUCCCCCAGCGAGGCGAUGGCGGCGGGGGAGGGAGAGCUGGAGCUGCGGACAGCCAUCGGCUUCAACGGGCACGUUCCUUGUGGCCUCAUCUGCCACCCUGAUGAGGAGCACAUCCUGUAUCCCUUGGGAUGUGCUGUGGUACUUCAACACCUGAAGACCAAGAAGCAGUCUUUCUUAUAUGGCCACACAAACAUGGUCAGCUGUGUUGCCCUGUCCAGGAAUGGAGAGCUUCUGGCAUCUGGACAGAUCACUUACAUGGGAUUCCAGGCAGACAUCAUCCUCUGGGAUUUCCAGAAAAGGGAGCUGCUUGCCCGGCUGUCCCGCCAUAAGGGCAAGGUGGAAGGACUUGCCUUCUCCCCCAACAACAUUUUCCUGGUGUCUCUGGGAGGCCAGGAUGACGGCAGCGUCAUCGUCUGGGACGUGGCCAAGCGAGCGGCCGUCUGCGGGAGCCCCGCCUCAGCACGCAGCGCGGGCAACGCCACCGUGGUGGUGUGCCCCAGCUCCAGUGACCACAGCUUCAUCACCUCUGGGAAUGGAACUUGUCGAACGUGGGAACUGGAUGUGACAAACAGGAAGAUUUGGCCAACUGAGUGCAAGAUAGUGAACCUGAAGAGAGUGGCCAUGUGUAUUAAGGUGGCAGAUGAUGAUAGGCAUUUUUAUUUUGGCACAUCAAGCGGGGACAUCUUGAAAGUAAAUACAAACAACAAGCUGAUGAUUGACUGUGAGCCUCAGAAGAAUAAGUUCAGCUUGGGAGUCACAGCUUUGCUCUUGCUGAAGACAGGAGAGUUUGUAGUCGGCUCCGGAGGAGGGACUGUAGCUCUCUGUACAGGCGCAAACUGCAGAGCCGUGAAGAAAAUUGAAGUUCAUGGUGCUGUCACUUCCCUGACAUGUAGAGAUCAGGGUCACCAAAUCUUUGUAGGGACAAAUGAGUGCCAGAUUUAUUGCAUUCAGUACCCUGAGUUUAAGGAGGAGCUGGUUGCUGUGGCUCACAGCGAAGCCAUCCACGACAUCGUUUUCCCCUUUGGAGCCUCUGACCUGUUUGUUACCUGCUCCAAAAACGACAUCCGGGUGUGGCACACCCCGGAGAGCAAGGAGCUGGUGCGCAUCGUCCAGAGCAACCUGACCUGCCAUGCCCUGGAGGUGACAAGGGAUGGGGACAGCAUCGUCUCAGGCUGGAGUGAUGGGAAGAUCCGAGCCUUCACCCCCAGGGCUGGGAGGCUGCUGUAUGAGAUCCAGGAUGCCCACAGCAUGGGGGUCACAGCCAUUGCAGCCACCAGUGACUGCAGACACCUCGUGAGUGGAGGAGGGGAAGGACAGGUGAGGAUCUGGGACGUUGCUGACAAGAUGCGCAGACUGGUGGAAAUCCUGAAGGAGCACACUGCUGCUGUGUCUUGCAUUAAGAUUAAGAAGAACGACCAGGAGUGUGUCACAGCCAGCCUUGAUGGGACGUGUGCCAUCUGGGAUAUUGUACGUUAUGUGAGAAAACAGGUGUUUCAAGUCAAAACAUCAUUCAAAUGUGUGUGUUACUAUCCUGAGGAGUACCAGAUAAUCACUGGUGGGACUGACAGAAAGGUGGGAUUCUGGGAAGUGGUGGAUGGCUCUGCAGUCCGAGAUGUGGAAGGGUCUUCAUCAGGUUCCAUUAAUGGGAUGGACAUCACCUUGGAUGGGACACGCUUUGUCACAGGGGGUGAUGACCAACUGGUGAAGCUGUGGGACUAUCAGGAGGCUGCAGUGACUCACGUGGGAGUGGGACACAGUGGCAAAAUCACCCGUGUCAAGAUCAGCCCUGGGAACAAGUACAUUGUGAGUGUCAGCUCAGAUGGUGCCAUCCUCAUCUGGAAUUACCCAGACUUCCAGUAACAGCUGCCAGGGGAGCUGCUCAGCUGCUGCUCCAUUGGACAGUCCCUUUCUCUCACCACUGUUGUUGUUUUAAAGCAUUUGUACUAUUAUUCUAUUUGUACUAUUUUUAUACCCUCUUGCAGGCACUUGCCCCAUCUCCAGAUCUCCUUCCUAGCAGUGCAUAAGUAGGUCUAUUGGGUUUUUGCAGGGGGAGGGUGGUGUGUUGUGUAAGAAUUUCCUGUUCCUUUAGAGUCAUCACUUCUGAAAAGCAUCUUGGCUGUUGUUAUAACACUUACAUGUUGCUCUU